AUGUCGUCAUCCGAAGCGGCGGCGGAGUCGUCAUCCGGUCCCUGCCAGGACGUGGACGCGGAACCGGAGCCGGAGCCGGAGCCGCAGCCGCAGCCGCCGCAGCGCCGCUGGGUGGCCCUCGUCUCCAACCCGGUCCUCCUCCUCGACGAGGACGAGCGUGCCCGGGCGAUGCCCCUCGGCACGAACGUCGACCUCGACCUCCACGACCCUCCACGGCCCUCGUACCUGGUGCUGCACCCCCGUAUCGUCGCCCUCGACCCCUGCGACGACUUCGCCCGUCAGCCGUCCCCCUACAUCCUCGCCGCCGACCGCUCGGGCCGCCUCCUCUUCCGCGUGAACAACCCCGACAGCAACGAAUCCUUCGAGGAAGAAGACGCCAUGUACCUCUGCAACACCCACGCCCGCAGGGCCACCAUCCUGCCCCCGGUCCCCUACCCUGGUCUCCGCAUCGAGCCGCGGCCACGCCGCAGCGUCGGCCUCAUCGCCAACCCCGACCCGACCCGCCGCGGCGACUACCUGGUCGCGCAGCUCUACCCGCGCGAGUCGGUCCUCCUCGGCGACAGGCUGCUCUGCUACUCCACCGCGACGUCGUGCUGGUUCCUCAAGCCGCUGCUCACCUCCCCCUCGCUGCGCAUGCGCAACCCCUGCGCCGAGAACGGAGUGCUCGCGCACGACGGGCGACUCUACUGGCUCGCCCUCGCCUACGGCGUCUUCGUCUGCAACCCCUUCGCCGACACCUCGCACCUGCGCUUCGUCUCGCUGCCCGCCGGCUGCGAGAUGUGGGAGGAGCUCUUCCACAGCGUCUACAUCGCGCAGCGCCGCCGCGUCGCGCCCAGCGAGGGCCUGCUCCGCUACGUCGAGAUCCGGGGCCUCUCCUACGAGGUGUUCGUGCCCCCCGACGUGGCGCCCCCGCCGGUGAACCCCAGCGUCUGGAUGUGGACGCUCGUCGACCCGGAGGCGGCGGAGCCCUGGAGGUUCGAGUACGAGGCGCCCUUCGCCGAGGUCUGGGCGCACGAGUCCUACGUCGCCAACGGGCUGCCGCACGGGGAGGUGCCCCACGUCGCGCUCGUUGACCCCGACAACCACGGCGUCGUCUACUUCCUCCAGGACUCCAAGCUCUUCGGCCUGGACGUGCGCGCCAGGCGGGUCAUCUCCUGCGAGGACUGCCCGGUGCGCGACGACCGCGAGAUCAUGCUCCGAAACUCCCGCCCCAUCCUCGACGCCUGGGAGCUGUCGCCACCCUCGCCCUCGCCCUCGCCUUCCGACAGCGAGCCUUCUUCGCCAUCUCCUCCAGAAGAGCUUGACGCCGUCGACAGGAUGGCGAUGGAGUGUAAUGGUCGCCGGAUGAUCCAGAACGUAGAUUCUUGGCUUGACACGACGAUGGACCUGCUGAACGAGACGGCCGAUGGAACCUCGUCGUCGUCGGGAUGAGACGAUGACCAUCAUCUUCUGAAUAUAAUCCAUCUCCUGUCGCCGGCGGCUUCCAUUUGUACGUUUCUCCUGGUGAUCAGUAGUGUUCUUGCCUGCAGCUUUCUGUCAGGGGACAUCUCAUUCUGAGUAGAUUAGUAGUGUUCUUGAAUGCUAAAAAACCAUCUCAUACCAGAUCAGAUCGCCUUUAUGAACAAGCUUGGGUAGGCGUAGGCUCUACUUCUAGUACUCUGCAAUAUCCGUGCUGUGGUUCUGUCCGGGAGAAGAGAACGUGUGCUCUGCUCUGUACCGUGCCUCUGUUCGCAAUCGAUCUGCAUCUGCUAAUGCAAAAUGGAAUUCAGUUUUGGUUCC